UUGAUGAGCCAGUCAGUGUGAAGGAAUCUGAGGAGAGGAAAAAAAAAAAAAAAAAACCAAGGCAGUUUGUGACUGAGGACACUUGGGAUGCACACGCUAGGGCAGGGAAACCCCACAAGCUUCUUGAGGAUAACAUCAGAUUGACAAAAGGUGGAGAUCACUAUAGUGCCAAUCUGCUGGGACCUCCCACCAGCAUUCUUUCCCCUAGCAACAAGAACAUGGAAAUAGAAAUCCCCAUUGCAGAAUGUAAAAGUGUCUCUGGGAUUUCUUCAGCAUCACAUUCCAUGGACAGUUCCUCUCCUUUUUAUUCCCCUCAUAAUGGCCUCAUCUCAGACCACCAUGAAUCCCUGGAUAAUGAGGUGGCUAGAGAGAUCCAGUAUCUAGAUGAAGUGUUAGAGGCCAAUUGUUGUGACUCUGCUGCUGAUGUGUCUUACAAUGGGAUAUCUUCGCCAGAGCCAGGUGUAACCAUCACUGUGGGCAGUCCAGGUCCAUCUGUCCACACAACAAACCACAUAGAACUCCCUGAAAGGGAAGCAGUUCUUCUUGUUGGCAGGCAGGCCCCUCCUCUCAUAGAGCUGAGCCAAGGUGAAAUCAUGGCAGACACCUUCAGGGCAAAUGGUCACUCUCCAGAUGGGCAGAGGGAUAACCUUCAAGCCCCUGUGAGCCCCAGUUCUUCAACCAGUUCAAAGGGGUCUUUCCGAGAUGGGGAGACCACUCUCACCACUUUGAAGAAAGAAGCAAAAUUUGAAUUGCGUGCCUUCCAUGAGGAUAAGAAGCCAUCCAAACUUUUUGAGGAUGAUAACAAUGAGAAGGAAGCAUAUAGAGUCCGAAAGGUAAGGCCAUCAGAGGAGAUGCUGGAACUAGAAAAAGAGAGGCGAGAACUAAUCCGGAGUCAGGCAGUGAAAAAAAAUCCUGCCAUCGCAGCCAAAUGGUGGAACCCACCCCAGGAACCCACUCUAGAGGAACAACUGGAUGAUGAGCCUCUAGAGUCACAUAAAAAGUAUAAGGAACGCAAGGAGAGGAGGCAGCAACAAGAACAGCAGCUGCAGCAGCAACAGCCACAGCUGCCACCACAGUCUUCCACAAUUCCAGCCUCCCCUAAACAGACAGUCUGCUCUUUUGAACUUGCAGACCCAUCCAGUGGUCUGAAGGAGGAUGUUGUCACAGAGCAAAUAGACUUCUCUGCUGCAAGGAAGCAGUUUCAGUUGAUGGAGAAUUCCAGACAAACAGGAGGCAGGGGCCAAGGAGCACCCAGACUGUUUUCCAUCAAACCCUUUUAUAGACCUUUGGGUUCCAGUUACUCAGAUAAGCCGUCCACCAUCACAAGACCAGUUUCAGUUGUGGGGCAGAUGGAGGAUGAUGGAAUAUCUGCAGCCAAGGGACAGAAGGCCUCCUAUGUUCCAGAGAAUCAGCUUUUAGGAAACCAGAACAAUCCAGUUAGUCCUGAAAAGGAAUCUCCCUGUACUGACCCUUCAAAACAUGUGUCAUCAGCCAAGCUGUGGGCAGAGGAGGGGGAGUUUACAAGUGCUCGAGCUGUCUUCACAGUGGUGAAGGAUGAGGACCCUGGCAUCUUAGAUCCAUUUACGAGGUCAGUCUAUGUCUCUUCACCCCCAGAGGAGCUGGACUCUGGUUUGGAGGAGCUGUCAGUGAGAUCUCAGGGCACCACGGUGCUGGAAACCCUGUCCAAUGACUUCAGCAUGGACAAUCUCAGUGACAGCGGUGCAUCCAAUGAGACAAUGAAUGCCCUACAAGAAAACUCCUUGACAGAUUUUUCUCUGCCCCAAACUCCACAGACUGACAUCCCCCCCGAGGGACGAGCUGAAGGUUCAGUGUCCAAGUCAUUCAGUGACCAUGGUUUUUAUUCCCCUUCCUCCAUGCUUGGAGAUUCCCUGCUUGCAGAUGACCCACUGGAAUAUCAUGCCGGUCUUUUGGUGCAGAAUGCCAUCCAACAAGCCAUAGCUGAGCAGGCUGACAAAGCCACCAAAGACCCAGCUGAACAAAAGAUUUGCCCAGGGGAAGCCCAGCACAAAGUUGGGGCAGUGGUUCCCUGCUCAGAGAAACCUCAGAGCACAUUUAAGCCACCUCAAGUGUCUUCUCCUGUUCAAGAAAAAAGAGAUGUAUUACCAAAGAUGGCAACAGAUGAAGACAGAGACCUCAGGGAAGAGACGGCUUCCCAACAAUUCCCCACUAUUCAUUCUGUUCAUCCAGUCCACAUCGAGGAGAGCAGGCCAGAAGGAAGCUACUUUAGCAAGUAUUCAGAGGCAGCUGAGUUGAGGAGUACAGCCUCCCUCUUGGCCACUCAGGAGUCAGAGGUGACGGUGGGACCCUUUAAGCUAAGGUCAAGGAAGCAGAGGACUUUGUCCAUGAUAGAAGAAGAGAUCCGAGCAGCCCAGGAGAGAGAGGAGGAACUGAAGAGGCAGAGGCAAGUCUUACAGACAACCCAGAGCCUCAGAGUGAAGAACGCCUCUACCCUGCCCUCCAGAACAGUGUGCUACAAAACAGCACCCGGUAAGUGUCUGAAGUACAAUAUGGAAAGGAAUUUUUUAAAAAGCCCUUAAUUGAGCAUAUACCAU